AUGUCGAGUCCGAGCCUGCAAUUCUCAGAGAACACGCUUCGUAUCCAAAUACAGGGAUCCAUUGUCGACCGCGUACGGCAGGUCGGACAACCGCUGUCUGUGAAAAGCCGCCAACAUUCAGCGAUAAACGAGAGGCUUGUUUGGGAUGGCCUUAGAAUGGAAGCGAACAAUGGGUGGAACCUGGAUGACACUGCCGAAGACAUUCAUGCAGCUUUUGAAGUCUUUACCAGUUGGGUUGAUCUCGCGUCUUCUGCAAGAUCGCAGUCAAGUGGGAAGCAUGCUGAAAUUAGCCGGUACGCCCUGUGUGAGACGCUACUGGAGUAUCACAGCUCCGAAGAGACUGAACAAGAGAUUGUGAAUCUCAAGUCGUCAUUCUGGCCUUGGUUGGAAGCUAUCCAGGCCUAUGCAUCUACGACAAUGCAGCAAAAGCCCACACCUCCACGAUCGUCUACUGCACUCCAGUCAUUUUUUACGCUUACCAAGGGCGAAGGAUCGAGAUUUCAACUAAAGAUCAUGAACACCUGCCAAAGGAAGCGCUUUGUCACAACAGAGAAUAGAGAGAUUGGGCUUGUUCCAGAUAUAGUACAGGUGGGAGAUAUUGUUGCGCUCAUCUCUAGUUUACGCAUGCCAGUCAUUCUCCGACCGGUUGACCAGGGACGAUUUCUGUACGUGUGCCACGCAUAUAUCCAUGGCCUAAUGGGCGGCGAAAAAUGGGACAAGAGUGCGAAAGUUGGAAUAUGGUUAACAUGA